UGGAUCAAUACGGUCGACAGAAGUUUUAACUAUCUGGAGUGCGGAUAAAUUUUUACUGAGAGUCGUAUAGGAAUCUAUAAUCUAGUACUUUCCAAAAUACGCCGAGAGUAUUCCUGAUGGUGAAACGAGCGUUGCUUCAUCGAACGCAGCUAAAGAAAACAACAUCUAUGUAGUUGGUGGUACGAUGCCUGAAAUAGGGGGCGAUAAAUUGUACAAUACCUGUACUAUUUGGGGUCCCGAUGGAACUUUGAUAGCAAAACACCGAAAGGUACAUCUAUUCGACAUCGACAUUCCUAAUAAGAUUACUUUUCGAGAGAGUGAUUCACUCAGUCCUGGUAACUCCCUAACGACGUUCGAUGUGAAGGGCUGCAAAAUAGGUAUUGGCAUUUGCUAUGAUAUUAGAUUCGAGGAAAUGGCACGCAUUUAUCGGAACAAAGGCAUCAAGUUCUAUUUACACAUCGAACGUUGAAAUACGGCGAAAUACAAAAUGUACAAACCACUCUGGACAUUAAUUAACUUUAAACGUUAUUGAUUAAUUAAAGAAACCAACCAUUGUGUUGAUUUUUACAUUUUGAAAAAUUGUUAUCCACUUUUGCUUUGUUUAAAAAUUGAAAAAAAAAAUACUUUUAUUGUAAGUCACGAGUAUCUCUUUUAUUUAUUUAAACUUUAGAUCAAAUAUUACAAUUUAUAAAUAUAUCAUUUAUUUAGAUAUACUUGUAAUAUCUGUUUUAUAAGUUUGUACAACCAUUUAUCUAUUUAUCUAUUUUAUUUGCACAUAAUCUUUAUAGACUGAUUUUGUAAAGAAUAAAAAAUUGUGAUUCUAUUUAAAAACGAUCGUGUCAGACUCAAGUGAUAAGCGAUAUAUAUUUCAGCGAUAUAUAUAUAUUCAGAUUUCACCAUCACAUAAACGGUGCUAUUGGAAACGUUUCACAAUAGACGUCUUAUAAGCGCCUGCGAUGUCCGUCAUAUGUAAAGCUAUACCACUGAAUCACGGCCGCCAUUUAGUGAUUAAGGUCGAUCACUUAGAGUUGUUAAUCCGACAUAAUGGCGAGCAAUACAUCGAAGACAUUAUUGGAAACACAGUUACAGUUUAAUUUCAUUGAGCUUAUUUGCAAAUAAAUGUGUACAAUAUA